AUGCCUGUAUCCACCCUUCCAGUCAUCCACCCUUCCAGGCAUCCACCCUUCCAGGCAUCCACCCUUCCAGUCAUCCACCCUUCCAGGCAUCCACCCUUCCAGGUGUCCAGGCAUCCACCCGUCCAGGCGUCCAGGCAUCCACCCUUCCAGGCAUCCACCCGUCCAGGCAUCCACCCGUCCAGGUGUCCAGGCUUCCACCCAGGCUUCCACCUGUCCAGGCCUCCAGGCUUCCUAGGCUUCCACCAUCCAGGCGUCCAGUCUACCACCCGUCCAUGCUUCCACCCAUCCAGGACUCCAGGCUUCCACCCAUCCAGGUGUCUACCCGUCCAGGCGUCCAGGCUUCCACCUGUCCAGGCUUCCAGGCUUCCUAGGCUUCCACCAUCCAGGCGUCCAGUCUACCACCCGUCCAUGCUUCCACCCAUCCAGGACUCCAGGCUUCCACCCAUCCAGGUGUCUACCCGUCCAGGCGUCCAGGCUUCCACCUGUCCAGGCUUCCACCCGUCCAGGCUUUCACUCGUCCAGGCGUCCACCCGCUUCGACCUGUCCAGGCUUCCACCCGUCCAGGCGUCCACCCGUCCAGUCUUCCACCCGUCCAGGCUUCCACCCAUCCAGGUGUCCAGGCUUCCACCCAUCCAGGUGUCUACCCGUCCAGGCGUCCAGGCUUCCACCUGUCCAGGCUUCCACCCGUCCAGGCUUUCACUCGUCCAGGCGUCCACCCGCUUCGACCUGUCCAGGCUUCCACCCGUCCAGGCGUCCACCCGUCCAGUCUUCCACCCGUCCAGGCUUCCACCCAUCCAGGUGUCCAGGCUUCCACCUGUCCAGGCUUCCACCCAUCCAGGCUUUCACCCGUCCAGGUGUCCAGGCUUCCACCCGUCCAGGCUUCUACCCGUCCAGGCGUCCAGGCAUCCAGGCUUCAACCCGUCCAUUCUUCCACACGUCCAGGCGUCCACCCGUACAGGCUUCCACCCGUCCACCCGUCCAGGCGUCCACCCAUCCAGUCGUCCAGGCACCCACCCGUCCAGGAGUCCAGGCUUCCAAACUUCCAGGCAUCCACCCGCCCAGUCGUCCGGGCAUCCACCCGUCCAGCAUCCACCCCGUCCAGGCGUCCAGGCUUCCACCCGUCAGCGCGUUCACCCAUCCAGGCUUCCACCCUUCCAGGCUUCCACCCGUCCAGGCGUCCAGGCUUCCACCUGUCCAGGCGUCCACCCGUCCAGGCAUCCACCUGUCCAGGUGUCCAGGCUUCCACCCAUCCAGGCAUCCAGGCUUCCACCUGUCCAGGCGUCCAGUCUACCACCCAUCCAUGCUUCCACCCAUCCAGGCUUCUGCCCGUCCAGGCUUCUGCCUGUCCAGGCGUCCAGGCUUCCACCCAUCCAGGCAUCCAGGCUUCCACCUGUCCAGGCCUCCAGGCUUCCACCCGUCCAGGCUUCCACCCAUCUAUGCUUCCACCCAUCCAGGAGUCCAGUCUACCACCCGUCCAUGCUUCCACCCAUCCAGGACUCCAGGCUUCCACCCGUCCAGGCUUCCACCCAUCCAGGCUUCUACCUGUCCCGGCUUUUGCCUGUCCAGGCGUCCAGGCUUCCACCCGUCCAGGCAUCCAGACUUACACCUGUCCAGGCUUCCACCCAUCCAGGUGUCUACCCGUCCAGGCUUCCAUCCGUCCAGGCGUCCAGGCUUCCACCCAUCAAGGCAUCCAGGCUUCCACCCAUCCAGGCGUCCAGGCUUCCACCCUUCCAGGCAUCCACCCGCCCAGUCGUCCAGGCAUCCACCCGUCCAGGCGUCCUGGAUUCCACCCGUCCAGGCGUCCCCCAUCCAGGCAUCCAGGCUUCCACCCAUCCAGGCCUCCAGGCUUCCACCCGUCCAGGCGUCCCCCCAUCCAGGCAUCCAGGCUUCCACCCAUCCAGGCGUCCCGGCGUCCACCCGUCCAGGCUUCCAGGCUUCCACCCGUCCAGGCCUCCAGGCUUCCACCCAUCCAGGCGUCCACGUGUUCUGGCAUCCAGGCGUCCUGGCGUCCACCCUUCCAGGCUUCCAUGUGUUCAGGCGUCCACCCGUCCACGUGUUCUGGCAUCCAGGCGUCCCGGCGUCCACCCGUCCAGGCCUCCAGGCUUCCACCUGUACAGGCCUCCAGGCUUCCACCCGUCCAGGCGUCCAGGCUUCCACCCGCCCAUGCUUCCACCCGUCCAGGCCUCCAGGCUUCCACCCAUCCAGGCAUCCAGGCUUCCACCCAUCCAGGCGUCCACGUGUACUGGCAUCCAGGCGUCCCGGCGUCCACCCUUCCAGGCUUCCAUGUGUUCAGGCGUCCGCCCGUCCAUGUGUUCUGGCAUCCAGGCGUCCCGGCGUCCACCCGUCCAGGCUUCCAGGCUUCCACCCAUCCAGGCAUCCAGGCUUCCACCCAUUCAGGUGUCCACGUGUUCUGGCAUCCAGGCUUCCACCCAUCCAGGCGUCCAUGUGCUCUGGCAUCCAGGCGUCCCGGCGUCCACCCUUCCAGGCGUCCACGUGUUCAGUCAUCCAGGCUUCCAUGCGUCCAGACGUUUAGGCGUCCCGGCGUCCAUCCAGGCGUCCAGGUUUCCUUAA